AUGGGCGGCGACGGCGCCGACGAGGACGACUCGCCGUUGCCGAGCGGCGUCUUCACCCUCUUGACCGACUGCUACUCGCCGACCUGCACGCGCGACCGCCUGUGCUACUCGAUCGCGUGCCCGAGGCGACUCGAGCAGCAGGCGAGGCUCAACCUCAAGCGCGAGGGCCUGAGCGGCGGCCUCGAGGACGUCGGCAAGCUCAAGCGCAGCGCAUCGCUCGACAGCUUGGUUGAGCUCAGGGAGCCCGGCUCGCUGUGGAUCCACUCGGUGCCGCAGGAGGUCAUCGACGCGACGAGCGACUCGGAGAAGAAGCGCCAGGAGUGCAUCAACGAGGUCUUCUACACCGAGCGCGACUUUGUGCGCGACCUCGAGUACCUGCGCGACUUCUGGAUCAAGCCUCUGCGGUCGUCCAACAUCAUCCCUGAGGCGCGACGAGAAGACUUUGUCACGCAGGUCUUCUGGAACGUGCUCGAGAUCUACGCCGUCAACGUGCGCCUCGUCGACCUGCUCAACAAGCGCGCCAAGCAGGCCCACGUCGUCGACCACAUCGGCGACAUCUUCCUCGACUUUGUGCCGCACUUUGCGCCUUACGUCAAGUAUGGCGCGCACCAGCUGUACGGCAAGUACGAGUUCGAGAAGGAGAAGGGCAGCAACCCGGCGUUCGCCAAGUUUGUCGACGAAACCGAGCGCCUGCCCGAGUCGCGCAAGCUCGAGCUCAACGGCUACCUGACCAAGCCGACGACGCGCCUCGCCCGGUACCCGCUCCUCCUCGAGGCGACGCUCAAGCAGACGGCCGACGACAACCCGGACAAGGUCGCCAUCCCCAAGGUCAUCAAGCUCAUCCGCGAGUUCCUCGCCAAGGUCAACGUCGAGACGGGCAAGAGCGAGAACCGGUUCAACCUCGCGCAGCUCGACCAGCAGCUCGUCUUCAAAAACGGCGAGGCUGUCGACCUGCGACUGCGCGACGAGGAGCGCGAGCUCAUCUUCAAGGGCCCGCUCAAGAAGCGCGGCGGGACCCAGAGCGAGAGCGCCGAGCUCCAGGUCUUCCUGUUCGACCACGCCAUCCUCAUGGUCAAGCAGAAGAGCAAGAACGAGCAGUACAAGGUCUACCGCAAGCCCAUCCCGCUCGAACUUCUCGUCGUCGCACCUGUCGACGAUGCCGCAACAGCACGAGGCGGCGUCGUUCGCCCUCGCUCGCUCAUGGCGCGCGGCUCGUCGGGCAAGUCGGUCUCGGCGAGCGCGUCCUUGCCACCGCCCGGCGCCGACAAGAACAAGCAGGGCUUCGCUGUCACGUUCAUCCACCUCGGCCGACGAGGGUACCAGAUCACGCUGUGGGCGUCGACGUGGACGACGCGCAAGAAGUGGCUCGACAAGAUCGAGGAGCGCCAGAACGAGUUGCGCGAGCGCAGCCUCGUCUUCGAGACGCUGCCGCUCAGUGCGGGCUACUUUGUCGGCACGAACCGCCUCACCUGCGCGGCGCCUUUCGACCACGGCAACCGCAUGGUGUACGGCACCGACAACGGCGUCUACCUGUCGGACCUGCGCGACAAGAACAAGGUGCCGGUCAAGGUCAUCUCGGUCCCGAGCGUGACGCAGGUCGACGUGCUCGAGGAGCAGGGCAUCCUCAUCGUCCUCGCCGACAAGGCCGUCCAGACCUUCUUUGUCGACCACCUCGACCCGGGCGACGCCGUCGGCGCCGCCAAGCGCGCGCGCAAGAUCUCGGCCAACGCGACCUUCUUCAAGGCCGGCCAGUGCCUCGGCCGCACGCUCGUGUGCGUCGUCAAGAGCGGGAGCGUGUCGAGCACGAUCAAGACGCUCGAGCCGGUCGACGUGCCCCGGGGCAAGAAGCAGCCGGCGAUCCGCAAGUUCCUGCAGGGGAGCAACGAGAGCUUGCGUGUCUUCAAGGAGUUCUACAUCCCGACCGAGUCGUCGUCGGUGCACUUCCUCAAGUCGAAACUCUGCGUCGGCUGCACCAAAGGGUUCGAGAUUGUCGACCUCGAGACGCUCGACACGCAAGGCCUCCUCGACCCGGCCGACUCAAGCCUCGACUUUGUCCAGAAGCGCGAGAACGCCAAGCCGAUCGCCAUCUACCGCAUCGACGGCGACUUUCUCCUGUGCUACGACGAGUUUGCCUUCUACGUCAACAAGAACGGCUGGCGCGCAAAGUCGAACUGGAUCAUCCAGUGGGAGGGGUUCCCGACGUCUUUCGCGCUGCACUACCCUUAUGUGCUCGCAUUCGAACCGACCUUUAUCGAGGUGCGGCACGUCGAGUCGGGCUCGCUCAUGCAGAUCAUCCCGGGCAACAACAUCAAGUGCCUCUUUGCCGACUCGCCGCCGUCGGCGUCGAGCUCGGCCGCGUCGUACCACCAGUCGGGCUCGCUCUCGUCGCGGUACGGCUCGCCGUACGGUCGCCCGUCACCGCCGCCGCCGUCGCAGGCCGGGUCCCGCAACGGCAUCAUCGUCGCCGACGGCGACCGCGCCUUCAGCCUCUGUUUCAACGCGCCCAUCGGGGGCGACUUGUAGCCGGUCUUCGAGUCGCAGCCCCUCCCCUCUACUUGCCAUCGCUAGUCUUUCUCAGGCG